UUUAAUCGUUUGAGGAAAAUCAAAACCUAUUAUUUGCGUUUCACCACGUGAAGCGCGCGGUGGGGACGUUUGGCACACUUUUACGCGCAGCUUCGUGUGCGCGUCACCAGGCAGAGCAGAGCCAGGGUGUCGAGUCUUCAAACUGCGCUGGAAAAAAUCCCCACGCGACCUCAGGACCCGCUCCCUGAUGUGUGGUUUUAACCUCGCACGCUUGCAGGAAAACCCACGUCACCGUGUCAAGCAACUCCCACUCUUUCCUCCCUGUUCAUCCACAGUUUGGGAAAAAGCUGGAUAAAAACUUCGGAUCCGAAUCAUGAUGACCGGUUUUCGACUCAACUUGUCCCCCUUAAAGGAGCCUCUCGGGUUUAUUAAACUGGUGGAGUGGCUGACGGCCAUAUUUGCUUUUGGGAGCUGCGGCGGAUUCUCAGGGACCAACAUCAUAUCUCUCUUCUGCGGCGACGGCGCAAAUGAAACACUCAACGCUAACUUCCACUACCCAUUUAGGUUGAGCCAAGUCCCCCUGGUGGAGGGAAACACCAGCAUCUGCAAUCGCUCCAUCACUACGACCUACCUGGUGGGAGACUCGGCAUCCUCGGCUGAGUUCUUUGUAGGGAUUGGAGUGGUCUGCUUCCUGUACUGCAUGGUUGCGCUGUUGGUUUACUUAGGCUACAUGCACGUCUACAAGGACUCUGACUUUGGACCCAUUUUUGACUUUGUGAUCACAGCGGUGCUGGUCUUCCUGUGGCUGGUGUGCUCGUCUGCGUGGGCAAAAGGCCUGCAGCAUGUGAAGGACGCCACGGAUACCAGCGGAAUCAGAGCCACGUUGGAGAUAUGCGAGGGUAGAAACGUGACCUGUGAGGUCACCGAGUUUGCCAACAUGCGCACCCUCAACAUCUCUGUGGUGUUUGGCUACCUCAACAUGUUAGUGUGGGCGGGAAACGCCUGGUUUGUGUACAAGGAGACUCGUUGGCACUCGCAGAAGUUAUCCUCUCAACCCGGACCUGGAAGGCAGCAGGUCCCAGCGCCAAUCUAACAAACAAGAAACACAGAUUAUCGUAAUGAAGCAGACGUUAAUCUACACCCAAUAACUGAGAAAGAAAAUCACGCUCUCACCAUAGAUUUAAAUAUUUAAUUGAUGCAUUUGUGUCUAAAAAUUCCCAUAAAGGCAAUAAAGACGGGCAAAAUGAGGGCUUGAUUAGUGCUUCUGUGUCACCAUAAAGACCUGGAUUAAACAGGAUUAGGAUUAUAUUACAGCAAAGGCUUCAUACGUGUUACCAUCCUAUGAAUCCAAGAUUUCCAGAAUUCCAAUUAGGAAUUUCAAACACGUUCCAAACGUUUGCAGUCACCAGCAGGUACAUUUACAUUUUUGUAACAAAAUCUGUGUUCGAUUUGUCUGCAUUUUGUGUGUUUUUCUGUAAAAAACAAAAAGUAGAAUUUUUUUUCUAUUACCACCAAGUGGCAGGUGACUGCAGGUGCAAAAACAUCCUGACAUAUUUGAUCAGGAUGAAUAAUGUUAAAAUGUCUUAAAUAAUGGGAAUGUUUUCUGACUUUAAAUGAGUGAAGAACGUUGAGCGCAGUUGGGAGAUAAAUGAUGCAUCCUCCAGUAUUUUGUGUCUUUUUCUGUCAUCAUGUUUCAGCCACAGCAUCUUUGUUGUUGUUUUCUUUUUUUGUACUAUUCAGUUGGGAUUUAUAUCAUUCAAAUAUUGGAGCUCUAGCAAUAUUCUCCCAAAGCAAUCCUUGUGUUUUUGUUUUCACAUUUUUACAGUUUGAUCUGUUAUUUUGGAACUUGUUUAUCUUUUUAUCUUAACUUUUUACACAACACCAAACAGUGAUCUGACUAUGUUUAAAUACUAGUUUUAUGUUUAGGUUUAGGAGAACCUGAUUUUCUUUUGUGUGAUGAUGAUGAUUAUGAUGAUGAUGAUGAUGAUCAUGAUCAUGAUAAUGAUGAUGAUGAAGAGGAUAAUGAUGAUGAUGGUGAUGAUGAUGGUGAUGAAGGAAAUGAUGAGGAUGAAGAAAUUUAUGAUGCAGCAAUUUUUUUAGCUUUAACUGAAGUUAAAUGAAAAAGUGUGUGUGUGUGUGUGUGUGUGUGUGUGUGUGUGUGUGUGUGUGUGUGUGUGUGUGUGUGUGUGUGUGUGUGUGUGUGUGUGUGUGUGUGUGUGUGUGUGUGUGUGUGUGUGUGUGUGUGUGUGUGUGUGUGUGUGUGUGUGUGUGUGUGUGUGUGUGUGUGUGUGUGUGUGUGUGUGUGUGUGUGUGUGUGUGUGUGUGUGUGUGUGUGUGUGUGUGUGUGUGUGUGUGUGUGUGUGUGUGUGUGUGUGUUACUGCUUUUGCCUCCAUGCUUUAACCAUCAUCCAACGUGUUGUUUAAUCAUUAUUUUAGUGAUCCUUAAUCAUUUAGCCUGCAGAAUUAUCCUAGUAAUGAGACAUAAUUUGUUCUCUUGAAUGUGACUUGUAUAAUUUCAGUGUCUUUUAAUAAAAAUAUAUUUUUUAAAUGUU